AUGGCCCACAACCUGAGCAACGAGGAGCUCGCCGAGUUCCGGGAGAUUUUCAACCUCGUCGACCGCGACGGCGGCGGGACCAUCACGAAGGAGGAGCUCGGCGAGCUCAUGGACACGCUGGGCAUCGACGCGACGCCCGAGGAGAUCGACCUGAUGAUCCACGAGAUCGACCAGGACAACAACGGCGAGAUCGACUUCGAGGAGUUCGUCGCCGUCAUGAGCCGAAAGGUCUCGGCGACGUACACGGCCGACCAGGUCAAGAACGCGUUCAAGGUCUUCGAGGGCGACGCGCCCUCGGGCCACAUCAAGGUCGACGUGCUCAUCCGCGCCCUGACCAACGACGGCACGGACAAGCUCACGGACGAGCAGGCCCAUGACCUCGUCAGCCAGCUCGAGCCCGACCGGUCGGGCCUCAUCAACUACAGCGAGUACGUCAACAUGAUGAUGAGCGACUAG